AUGAAGAUUCAAAAGUUUUGGAACAAAAUUCAUCGAUCAGCAAAGAAUUAUUUGAAGAAAUAUUUUGAUACUUCAAACAUUGACGAUCCAAAUAAAAUUUACAAGAAUUUUCUUGUGCCUUAUCUGAAGUUUGAGACUUCCUUGUACGGCUAUGGAUUGUUUAAUCCAGAUUACAAGAUAAAUUUUCUGUUCGGAUUCGUUUUGGUUGGAGUCACUUUCUAUAUGAGCAUCAACUUAAUCGAUAUCUGGCUUAUUUGGGGAGACUUUCAACGAGUUUGUUACUGUUUCGUCACAUGGUUCUUCGGAUGGACCUCAUACUUUUUAGCUUUCAAAGGAAUUUCGAAAAAGAAGCAGUUGUGCAGCAUGUUGAACAAAAUCUAUGAAUUUGGUGAUGGUUUGAAGAAAGAAACUGAAAAGCAAGAGAUUGAAAAGUUCUUGAAACAUUCGAUGGAUUGUAAGAAAUUGUUUCUCUUUACAACUGUAGUUUGUUCCGGCGGCGGAUUGAUUUGUAUUUUGUCACCCCUUCCUUACUAUCUCUACACAGGAGAACUCUUCCUGCCUCUUGGUUUCUUCAUACCUGGCUUAAGUACAACUGCAAACCCGGGAUACUUUGUGAACUGCUUAUACCAAAUUUAUCAAGUGUUUUUGGCUGUUCUUGCACCAAUGCAAACUACAUUUCACUCGUAUCUCUUAUUUAGUAGCAACGCCUUUUUCCAAGUUGAUAACCUAAUCAUCAAGUUACGAAAGUUGAAUUCUGCCAUUGAAGCAAAUCCAAAUGAAGAAGGACAUCAAGAGAGUUUAAAUGAACUUGUCAAACUGCAUCAUCGCUUUCAAGACUUUCUCAACGAAGUUGAAGACUUUUACAACAAAAUGUUUUUCGUCAAUAUUGGGAGUUAUGCUUUUAUGAACGUAUUGAUUCUCUUCGUACUUGUGCACAAAUUUUGGAUUGUCGGAUAUUAUGGGCUUGUAGUUCUUUUCGGCUUGAUAUUUUUACCAUGUGCAAUUGGAACAGCAAUUGAAGUUAAGAACGAUUCGCUAAUCAAUGAGAUUUAUUGCAUCUCAUGGUAUUCAAUGAUUCCAAAGGAAAGAAAAACCUACUGGAUGUUAUUCUUUGGAAUGCAAAACACUUCAAUGCAAACUGUUGGAGGACUGUAUCCAUUAAAUGUUGAAACUUUUCGAGCAGCAUAUUCAACUAUUUACACAUAUUUGAUGUUCAUGAUCGAUAUGCAAAAAUAA